UCUUGCAUAGAUCUCCUGUAUGUCCCCCUCAAGCUGGGUCCAUGGCCUUUUUACUUAAAGAAGACGAGAAAUGAGAUUCCAUAAUAUGUAAAAUUUUUGAACAAAUGGUACGGUGAUCAUUAUUGGCAGGAUUACUAUGUUUCUACUUGAUGCCUAAGGCUAAUCUCAAUGGGAAUUUCAUCAGAAGUUUCAUGAGCAUUAAAUAGCAUUGCCACAUCAGUAAUUUUGCUGACUUACAAUGUCAUUACGAAGAGAGAUGAGACAGAGUUUUAUGAGACGAGAGAGGAGUUUCACCUCCUCCGGCACAGUUACUAAAUUUUUUAGUCUUGCUGGUAACCUUGUUAGAGAUAUGGCACUCAAUGAUUUGCCAAUAUCAUUGGUUGCUUCUUUUUUAGGUAGCUGCUACUUGAUAUUGGUAACGUGGACGUAAAGCUUGAGCACUAGAUUUCGUUCUUGUGUCCAGAAAAUAUGUAACUGAUUCUACUAUUUGUUGGGGACAUCCUGAAAUGUCGUCAUAGGAUAUGCAUUCUAGAGGCCAUAGUGCACUUGCAUGAUGGCAUUGAGCACAAUAAAUGAUAAGUAAAACAAUGAUAAGCAUUCUAGUAAGUUCUCUUGCACAAGCACAAGCAGCCCAAGCUGCCAACAGACCACCACAUCUCAAGUUGGAUUGGAUCAUCAAUAGACGCCGAACUCAACACCCUCAGACACCCUCUCGUGUAUAAAUAGCUAGGCCUAUUCGGAUUGCUUCACAACAAAUUCAGAACGCCAUACUGCUAGCUCCAUUGAAACUAUGGGUCUUUUGCACGUCCCCAGUAGUAGUAGGACUAAAAGUUUUUACCACCUUUUGCUGUUUCAUGUGCACCCGUUCUGGAUCCAACUCUCGUACUUCCUCUUCGUCUCCCUCUUCGGUUUCUUGAUGCUAAAAGCCCUGCCCAUGAAAACCAGCGCAGUGCCAACGCCCUCGGGCCUGGACCUGAUCUUCACGUCUGUGUCCGCGACUACAGUGUCGAGCAUGGUCGCCGUCGAGAUGGAAUCCUUCUCCAACUCCCAGCUCCUUCUCAUGACCCUACUGAUGCUCCUCGGCGGCGAGGUGUUCACGAGCAUGCUUGGCCUCCACUUCACCUACACCAAGCUCAAGCUCAAGAAGAGAGAAGAACAAUCUCAUGAUCACGAGGUCAUCAAUGGGCCGCCGCCGGCGACUAGCUUAGAGCUCGCUCCCAUGGGAGCUCCCCCAGCUGCCGUCACACUAGAUCAAAUGGAGACAGGGUUCAUCAAGAACCAACGUGACUUCACAUCCAUUGCCAGGUUGCUAAUGUUCAUCGUGCUGGGCUACCUCGUGGUGGUGCACCUCGCCGGCUACACGCUCGUGCUAGUCUACCUUUGCGCCGUCGCCGGCGCGAGGGAGGUGCUCAUCGGCAAGAAGAUCAACCCGAGCACCUUCUCCAUCUUCACCGUCGUCUCGACGUUCGCCAACUGCGGCUUCGUGCCAACGAACGAGGGGAUGGUGUCCUUCAAGUCCUUCCCGGGCAUGCUCCUCCUCGUCAUGCCGCACGUCCUCCUCGGGAACACGCUCUUCCCCGUCUUCCUCAGGCUAUCCAUCAGAGCGCUCGAGAGGGUCACAGGGAGGCCAGAACUCGGCGAGCUGCUGGUGAGCGGAGGACCGGCCGCCGUCGCUUCCGCCAUUGGGUACGGCCACCUGCUGCCGGGCGCGCGCACGCGGUUCCUGGCGCUCACGGUGGCGGCGUUCCUGGCGGUGCAGCUGGUGCUCUUCUGCGCCAUGGAGUGGGGCUCCGACGGGCUGCGGGGGCUCGGCGCGUUCCAGAAGCUCGUGGCGGCGCUGUUCAUGUCGGUCAACUCGCGGCACUCCGGCGAGAUGGUCGUCGACCUCGGCGCCGUGUCGUCCGCCGUCGUCGUGCUCUAUGUUGUUAUGAUGUAUCUACCCCCUUACACCACAUUUUUGCCGGUGGCAGUGGAAGAUCACCACGAGCAAAAAAGGGAGGAGAAAAGCAAGACCACCAGCAGCAGAAGCGUGUGGCAGCAGAAGCUGCUCAUGUCGCCGCUCUCGUGCCUCGCCAUCUUCAUCGUCGUCAUCUGCAUCACCGAGCGGCGGCAGAUCGCCGACGACCCUAUCAACUUCAGCGUCCUCAACAUCGUCGUCGAGGUCAUCAGUGCCUAUGGCAACGUGGGGUUCAGCACCGGGUACAGCUGCGCUGGGCAAGUGAAGCCCAACGGCAGCUGCAGGGACGCGUGGAUCAGCUUGUCCGGCAAGUGGAGCAGGGAAGGGAAGCUCGCGCUCAUGGUAGUCAUGUUCUAUGGCAGGCUCAAGAGCUUCAGCCUGCAUGGGGGUCAGGUAUGGAAGCUAGGCUAACGGUUUUAAUUAGAGUUUUUUAAGGUGCACAAUACUACCAUAUACUACUGUCCGAAAAUGACUCUUUAAUUAAAACUAGAUCGAUGCCUAUGUGUUGUUACAGACUUUGAGUGUUUAACUUUUAUUAUAUGGAAUAUUUAUAAUGACAUAUACCAAUAGCAUACACUUAA